AUGACGUCAGCACUGACGUCACAAACUCGGGCUGAAGCCCAGGCAGAACUUGCCCUUGGGCCUGCCCGGGCUGGUGGGACCCAGGGCUUGCCCGGGCUGCAGUUGCUGCGCUGGAGUGCAAAACUGGGCUUUGGGGGGCCUUUUGCCCGGGUUACUUCAUUGCGCUGGACAUGCUCUUAG